AUGGAGAGGAGCGAGGAGGAGAAGGGGAGUAGUCAGGCCCAAAAUUCAAUUUUUUUGGGUGGGAAAACUGGUUCAGCAACAGGACAACAUGCAACAGGAGAUUCAAGGAGCCCUUUAGAAGGGGAGAGCUUAGAUGGUAAGGAUCCUGAUGCUCUUUUGGACUCAGGGGACCUAGGAGGAGGCCCCAGAUCACGAGAGGACCAGAUAGUAGCAGACAAGGGGAAUGGUCAGGUUCAAAAUUUAAACUUGGGAAUCGGCAAACCUGAAGCAGUUCAAGGACAGCAAGUAGCUAGGAGUUCAGAGGACAUAGUGGAAGGAAAAGAAUCUAAUGGGAAGAAUCUCAAGAAUCAUCCGAAUUCAAGGGAUCUAAAGGGGGGACCCAGAUUGAUGAGACACAUUGGUAAAUGGUCCUCCCUGUUUGGGGUCAAACCUAAAGAAAGUAGGGCACUGGGCUUAAAAUGCCCAAGUAAUCUAGUCAAAUCUCAAUCCCAAAAUAAAGUAUGGAAAAAGGUGGACAACUCUUUGAAACCAUCACCUUCUGAUGGACUAGAUCAGGAGAAACAACCCCAGGUUGGAAGGAUAGAGGAAGUGUUAUUCGGAGAGUUGGGAAAUGAAACAAAGAAAGGAGAUAAUGAAAAGAUCUCCCAUCGGGAAAAGGACCAGAGUGGAAAGGAUUCAGAUGAUAGAGAAAGAGAGUCACAAGUCAGCACCCAAAAUAAGGAAAUGGAUAAGAUAGAACAAAAUUUAGGUAAGAGUGAGAAAAGAAAUAACGGUAAGAUGAAUAAGGGAGAUAAUCAAUCCAAAGACAACAAAGAGGAGGGAAAUAAUUUUAAUUCAGUACCAAGUUCAUUUGAGUCAGAAAAUGGAGAAGGUUGGAUCCAAGAUGCACCACCUGAUAACAUUCUUGAACAAGGGCUAUCAGAGAUUUCAUUAGCCUCUCCUGCUCAGGUAAAGUUGAUUUUUCCAGAGGAAAAUGAACCAAGAUGGGGAGAUGAGGAAGACAUCAAAAAGGCAUUGGGAAAGAGUGAGACAAAGUAG